UCGGCGGUCGGAUAUCGGGGUCCCCAGUGCGACGAGAGUGGGGCGGGCUUCUGCGUGGGGCCUCGUCACAGUUCUGGGGGCAUGUAGAAGACAGGUGUCACUGCCUCAGUUCACUGGAGGCGAGUGUUUCCGGGUCGCUGGCGACGUGGCCUGGCGGCCAGGCAGUGCUCUGCGUGCCCGCGCGCGUCGCCUGCAGGCCCGGGCCGAGCGUUUCGCGGGCUAGGGGAGCGCCGAGGGCAGCCGAGGGCACCAGGGAACCGGGGGAAGCGGGAGCUGGGUGGGGACCGAGGCAGGAGCUGGGGGCUCGGAGGCGGCCAGCCGGAGACAGCUCUCUGCCUCUGCUGAAAAGCUCUCUGCACAGCUAGACAGGGAGAGACGUUGCUGCUUGAAACCGCGUUGCCUGCAGACGCUAAGCUGGGAGGCCGCCCCGCACAGGGAAGCAGCCCCGGAUAAGGGGCUUCCGACCCAGCAUUGCACAUUUGGCUUGAGCUGGUAUCCCCGAGUCGGCUUCUCAGCCCCGUGUGAUGUUAACUACAUGACACACAGCCCUGCGCCGAAUCUUUCAGAGGCGGCUUCGUGUUAAACUUCACCUAAACUCCUUCCCGGAAUGAUGCCUGUCCCUGUGCUGAGAAGGCAGGCGCUCCUCUGCCGUGUCUCCCUUGCCGCAGCUAGUAAACGUCACUUUGUUGUGGGUGGACUGGUGCGCCCUGGUGGUCUAUAGCAAAGGAACUUGAAGUUUUAUCAUCGGCCUCCUAAAGCCGGCAGCCUCGGAGUGCAAAACUAUAUUUUUAGAAAGGAUGGCCCGUACUUUGGAACCACUAGCAAAGAAGAUCUUUAAAGGAAUUUUGGUAGCCGAACUUGUAGGCGUUUUUGGAGCAUAUUUUUUGUUUAGCAAGAUGCACACAAGCCAAGAUUUCAGGCAAACAAUGAGCAAGAAAUAUCCCUUCAUCUUGGAAGUUUAUUACAAAUCCACUGAGAAGUCUGGAAUGUAUGGAAUCAGAGAGCUAGAUCAAAAAACAUGGUUGAACAGCAAAAAUUAGACGUAAGUAGAAUUUCAAUUUAUAAUUUACAUUAAUAACUCUCAUUUCCUUUGCUUUUUAGUUUUUUGAAUGGUUUUAAUCCUCUUCUUUUUAAAAUGUUUCUUUUUCUUGAUGAUACUUUUUACAUCUCUGUUGUGUAGCCAGUCAUCACGUUCAGCCUCCCAUCUAAGCUGUUUGAGACCUUUGGGAGAAGAAAAGAUGAGUGUACUACCACACUGUAAACUCCUGGCGGUCCCACAGAACAUGCUGCUGAGUCACAGGAACUUCUAGCCUGCCUUGGCCUGCCGUUUCCCACCCACUAUACAAACCCACUGCUUGUUUGUUGCUUUUCUUCUCAUAUUUAUUGUCAAAGAUUAAUGUUUCAUAAAGAAAUGACUAAGGAAGGAAAAGAAACAAAUGCUCUAAAGAUCUUCUUUCCCCAAGCACUUUUACUGGUGAAAUAAAACCCAGUAACAAUCAAUAUCAGAAAUAAUUAAAAUGUCUAUAAACAUGUAAAGUUACUUAGCAAACUCAUGCUAUAUAAAAAUGGCCCACUUCCCUAAAAAAAAAAGUAAUUUUUGUAGUCUGCAAGUUUUUUUUUUUUUUGCUGUAUAUACUUGUUAAUCUUACAUGUUCUCCUGAGAGAAGAUAAAGCCAUUCCUUCCAGGUUGUAAAGUACCAUGAAAAGGUCUUUCAAAAAUAUACCUAUCAACCAGGCACGGUGGCUCACGCCAGUAAUCUCAGCACUUUGGGAGGCCAAGGUGGGCGGGUCACUUGAGGUCAGGAGUUCAAGACCAGCCUGGCCAACAUGGUGAAACCCCCUCUCUACUAAAAAUACAAAAAUUAGCUGGGCAUGGUGGUGCAUGCCUGUAAUCCCAGCUACUUGGGAGGCUGAGGCAGGAGAAUUGCUUGAACCUGGGAGAUGGAGGUUGCAGUGAGCCAAGAUUAUGUCACUGCAUUCCAGCCUGGGCGAGGGAGUAAGACGCUGUCUCAAAAAAAAAAAAAAUUAAAUUAAAUUAAAAAAAUUUCCUAUCUUCUGAAGUUCUAAGCCAAAGCUAUUUUUAAAACAUCAAUAAAAAAAUUUAAGUUACUUACUUGCAUUAUCUUUGUUAGCCAUGGCAUUCAUGCCAAUGUUAUCAAACUUGGAUCCCAUAUUUUCAUCCAAUAGAUGGCCAAACUUAAACAAAAAGAUAAAUUUAUUAGAAAACUAAAAAUAAUGUAGAAUAGCUAGACUCGUAGAACAGUACAUUAGCCUUACCUCUUCAGCAGAUACAAAUAGGCUGGAAUCAUUGAAGUUUCUUUUCUUUUUUCUUGGCCCUAAAAAAAUUUGUAAGUCUACAUUAUUCAAUUAUAAAUCUAAUGAUUUUUAAAAAAUGCAAUGCAACAUGAUUUUAUUUUAAAAAUUAUACUUGGGUAAAAACACAAUUGCAAUAAUCUUCUAGCACCCUUAGGUAGCUGGCAUUUAAAUAUAAUUUAAGUUAGUAUAUAAUAUUUUUAAAAAGCUAACAACAUUCUAAUAGAACUGUUCAGAUGACAAGAGUGUCGUCUUGCUUUUCAGAUUUGGCCAGUGAUCGAAGUUUACCCAUAAGGGAAAUAACACAGUAUCAAGCAAUAGUAAAAUUAUCAGUUUGACAUGAAUGGGUUUUGAAAUACUUAAGACAAAACGUAAAAUUUAGUUCAGGGGUCUUAUUCUUUGGAGCGUAAGGAAAUUGACUGAAAGUAUGUUUAUUAUGCUAUAAAUGAAGUUCUGUUUAUAACACUGAAAGAGGUUCUCCUUUAAAAAACACUUACCUGUAGUACUGAAAGUAUAAACUUUUCCUGAAAAGUCUCUUUUCCUGAAACAAUUUUUCAAACUCUGCAUCUUUGAUACCAAUGUCUCUAGCAGUACUAGAGCCGUAUUUUAAAAAAAGCUUUACUAAAUACACAUCAUAACAUUCAGCUGUUAUGUGUAUUGACACAUUUAAGUAUAUUAAUGCAUUUUAGUAAAUUUACAGACUUGUUCAGCCACAAUUACAGUCUGAUUUUAGAACAUUUCCAUCAACUUCAAAAGAUCCUUGGUGCCAUUUGUAGUCCUCCAACCCACCUCCAAUCUAUCUUGUUUCUAUGACUUGCCUUUUCUGGCUGUUUCAUAUAAAUGGGAUCAUAUGACAUGUGGUUUCCUGUAUCUGGCUUUUUUCAUUUAGCGUAACAUUUUUGAGGCUCAUCCAUGUUGUAGUACUCCAUGCCAUGUUGUGGGCUACAUAAUAUUCCAUUGUAUGGAUAUGCCACAUUUUACUUAUCAGUUAAUGGACAUUUAGGUUGUGUCCACUUUUUGGCAUUAAUAGUGCUGCUAUGAAUAAUCAUGUACAAGUCUUUGUAUCAGAGCCACUUUCGAUAAAAUAGUUUCUAAAGCAUUUCAUCUUCAUUAUUAUUAGGGUGAUGUUACUUGAUAGCUGUAUAAUACACAUUUGCAUGCAUUAGGAAGGUUUUUUUUGGGUUUUAUUCAUCCUGUAGCGAUGCAUCUGUGACCUCAAAGAGUAGGCACUUCUGUACUGUGCUGGUUCCUUAGUUUCUUUUAUCCUGCCCUCGCUGCCACUUCAGCCUCAAGUGUGCAACACCAUGCCUGGCUAAUUUUUGACUUUUUUUUUUUUUUUUUUUGAGACAGAGUCUCACUUUGUUGCCAGGCUGGAGUGCAGGGGCACGAUCUUGGUUUACUGCAACCUCUGCCUCCUGGGUUCAAGCGAUUCUCCUGCCUCAGCCUCCCAAGUAGCUGGGCCUACAAGUGCGUGCCACCAUGCCCAGCUAAUUUUUGUAUUUUUAGUAGAGAUGGGGUUUCAUCGUGUUGGCCAGGAUGGUCUUGAUCUCUUGACCUUGUGAUCUACCUGCCUUGCCCCCCAAAGUGCUGGGAUUACAGGCGUGAGCCACCACGCCAGGCCAUUUUUGAUUUUUUGUAGAGAUGGCGUCUCCUUGUGUUGCCCAGGCUGAUUAAAGUUUCUAUAAGGUAUGUUUAUUCUUAAGGGUAUCCACUCUAACACUUGCAAAUGUAGGGUGAUCAAUCAGUAAAUUAAUACAUCUGAAUCAAUUAAUAAAUCUGUUUAAAAUUCC